UUAAAAAGUAGAUCACACACAUUCAAUUACAAGCCACCAUCCUCCUCUAAGCCGAGUAACCGCAGGCUUUCUGUGCCGAAAGAUAAAAAUAAGCCAGAUAUUUUCAAAAUCUCAGCUGAAAAUCUUUGGUCUCAGUACGGAAUAAAGCCAGAUGCUAUGCCGAAGAAUUACGUAUUUAAAAGGGCACAUUCUGCUAAAUAAAAUAAGACAGAGAUUAUCAAUAGGAGACCUCAAAGUUUAUGGCUAUCCAGUGGUGGGAUUCCACAAUGACUUCACCCAGCAGCUGAUAAAAAUGAAGGAAAAAGUUGAUCAAUUUCAUAUGUAUUUUUACUCUAAAAAGCCAUACUUCUUAAAAUAACGACAAGAGUACAAAGAAGGAAACUGUAAAAAUUAAGUUCAAUAGAAGGAAUUCAGUGGUGCCUGGCAGUUUUGACUAUAAAUUACUCAGCUUGGUAGGGACUCAAAGCCUGCCUAAUCAUUCAAGUCCUAAUAAGAUUAAAGGACGUAAUAUCAGUGCUGACCUAGACUCUAAAUUGAAAGAUAAACUUCAUUUAAGAAUAAAGAAUGAGAGUAAAAAGAGAAUAGAUGAGAUCUCUGACAAUAGUCUCUCAGAUUCAAAUAAUUUAUGCUCUGAUAUCAAUAAUUCUCGUGAUUCACAGAAAGAUAUAAAAUCAGGGUCUCGAAAUGGAUAUCUGAACAAGCCCAGUUCGAAAUGAAUCGAGAGCAUGAUGCAAGAGAGAAGGCUUAGCUCUAGGAAAAUGGACAGGCUGAUAGAACAAGCUAAAAUAAAACCUGUUCUCCAUAGAAACUCAAACCAAUCUUUACCAGAACUUGAAGUACCUACUAAUAAGCAAAAUUCUAAAAAUUUUAAGACGGAUGAUCUGUCAUCACCAAGAUGUCAAGCAGAGUCUACUUUUGAUAACAGAGCCACAAAUGAGACUAAUGAUAUGAAGUUCGACUCAGAGUUACAAGAUAUUUUCAAGUACUCUACCUUCAUAAAGGAAGAUUCGAAAUUAUCGAAAACACAGAGUCAUCAGACAUUUAAUAAUUACCUAAAAGAUCACUUGAAAUACAAAAAUACAGCAGAGUUUUACCUAAGCAACAUGCAAGACCGUAUUAAUGUUCUUGAAACAACCAAGAAAUUCAAAAGAAAUAAAUCCAAAUAAGCUGCUCAGAAAGAUUCAUAAGAAAGCGAUAAAAAUAUCAGCCAGUCGGCUUAAAGUCAAAAAUUUGAUGAUAGAGAGAUCAUUUUCACCAUCUAAACGGUCAAAAUGUCUUAAUUAUCAGAAAGCUAAUCCAAAUAAAUUUCAGAAAAAGCCAAAGACACAUAGAGUAAUUAGAAGGAAUGAGGUGAUAAACUCUGUUCAUAAUAUCAGAAUGAGAAAGCAAGAACUCGCACCGCUUAAAAGGAGUAUUGCUAAAAUAAGUAUCCCAAGAAACUCCAAAAAGAAUUUGGUCAAAAAGGAUGCAUCAAUGUUAAAAAGUCUAGAUGCAUUCGCUGCCUCCACUAUUGACGCAAGAAGUCGUGGAGCAUACACAAGAUUUAAGAAAGUAAGAAGUAGGAAGAGCAAAAGUAAGAUUACCAAAGAAGCCAAUACUGACAGGAACACUCGCCUUGGCACCUCAAAAGAGUGAGAACUUUUGUAAUAAU